GGCUACCCCGGUAGACGACGGCCGGCUAGUCCUCGUUGGCACGACGCACGCUCAAGAGCUUCGACCUUAACGGUAAAGGUUCCAUCUAGCCAUCUGGCGCCUGCGAUAGUGAAUGAGCGAGGACGAAGUCGGACGUCUUGUCAAGAAAUUGGAGGAUACGCUUCCUUCCGCAAUCGAUUUAACUUUUACUGAGCUAAGUAGGUGAUCGCGGUGGAUGCGGAUCAUUCGACGAAUCGUUGAAAGACUUUGGACAAUAAUCUGGUGUUAGUAAACAAUAGCGAAAGAGUAUUACUCUUGAGUACUAACAGGUAUGGGUGAUGAACAUUUGGAAACAUUUCGAUGAACGAAUAUUCGACGAACGAACUCUUAUUGUUGCUUGAAUGACUGCUAGAAGAGACAGAUCAGUUCCGUGUUAAUAGAAAAUGUUGAUAAAAGUGCCAUGCUCUGUACCAUGACUUGUGAAGAGGUGACAUGUGACUAUGAAAACUUAUUACAAAAUUUAACUUCGUAUAUUGAAUGAGUUUCGUCCAGUUUUAACACGUCCAGAUUAAACACUGGGGUAAAUAUGAUCUUAUUAGUCGAUUGACAGACAAACAUUUCGGCAGCUAAGAGAGAUCUAUGGGAAACUGAAAUUAGAUGUCUGAAGAUACAUGAGUUAUAUAAACGUACGUUGCUCUGGAACUGACAUACUUCUCAAACAGUGCAUGAUGUUACCCGAAAUACAUUUCACGAUGAAGGACACGUGUGCCAAAGAGUUUUGUCGUGCAAUUUUAGAGCUUUAGUGUAUCCGCAUCUGCACUCGCGAGAUUUUUAACCGGCGAAGGUGGUGAUCCAACUCGAAACAGUCUUCGGGAAGAGUCCAGCGAACGAGUUUCCGACAAUGGAUUCUCAGCAACUCGUCGACACGGCCUCGCAGAAUAGUCAGGACAUCGUUUUACCGAAACCGGCCAGCAGUACGCCACGACACAGCAUCGACGCGAUCCUCGGAUUGGCUAGCCAUAAAAGGACUCAUCAAGAAAUGGAGGACACCAACACGCAGGAAAAUACCGGUGAGAACAGCUGCAACUCCACCGGCGGCGGCAGCGACGAGGAGCUCGGCGCAGGCUGCGGGGAGGACAUAAACGGCAACGGGGGCAAGAAGAAGCACCGUCGCAACCGGACAACCUUCACCACCUAUCAGCUGCACGAGCUCGAGAGAGCGUUCGAGAAGUCCCACUACCCGGACGUCUACUCCAGGGAGGAGCUCGCCAUGAAGGUCAACCUCCCGGAAGUUCGUGUUCAGGUCUGGUUUCAGAACAGACGAGCCAAGUGGCGCAGACAGGAGAAAAUGGAGGCUGCGAGACUAGGCUUGAGCGAAUACCAUCACGCUGCUAAUAUGAGGAACGUUGCCGGUCCAGCUCUCGGUCUGCCAGGGGAUCCUUGGCUCGCGCCGCCAGGAUUGCUCAGCGCGCUUCCCGGUUUCCUCGCUGCGCCUCACACGGGAUAUCCCAGUUACCUGACGUCUCCCAGGCGAUUACCAUCACCGCCAAAUGUCGGCGCCGUGGCCAACUCCGUUCCAGAAAUCGCAUUGUUCGCAGGGUCGCUGGCCAGCAGUAUGGCGAGCAUAAGUGCCGGCGGCCACGUGCAACCACCGCCGCCAAGUCCGCCGGGACACGAUCCUCGUACCUCGAGUAUCCAAGCGCUCAGGAUGCGGGCCAAGGAGCACGUCGAGAGCAUCACCAAAGGCCUGCAGAUGGUCUGAAGGUUAACUGAAGAUACGCCAAGGGCGCGCACCGCUGCCAGCCUCACGCUCGUGACGGCGUGACGAGCGAGCGAGCAAUCCUUCGCCCAAAAACACUCAAGAUCGCGAGGAGUCGCCUGACCAGCGCGAACGGUAUAUCGACCGACGAGGGCGAGAGAGUUCGUUCCGUGACGGAAGAGGAAAAUCAUCGACGCGACGGUGCUGGACAUGCCAAAAGUACAAGAAGCUAGGCAAGAAGAAAAGGCGAUCGUCCGUUUGUGUGUGUUUGGGAGUGAACCUGAUUGAAAAGGGAUCUUGUUCUUGAUACCAACAGUUACCAAUGGACGAUCUGAUGUACAUUGCUGACAUAUUAAAUCAAAGAGAUUAAUAUUGCAACGGUCGACGGAUCGGUGGGUAUUUUCGACGAUUGUAGAGACUAUCAAUGUGAUAAUUGGCAGGUAUCUAUGAUCAAUGAGCAUGUGUUCACGCGCGGUUGAAAAUGGACUAAUCACUGAGAUCAGUCCCAUGAAAACAAUGUCAAUGUGGAAAGUUAAAUUUUUAUCUGAAACAGCACGAAAAGUAUAAAAUAUGCCUAGGAAAUAUCUACAAGAUUAAGUCAUUUCUUAGGGAUUUGUGUUAUUGUGAUGUUUUGGUAACAACGGCAGCCGACCGAUUAUAACAAAAAUAUGUAUAGCGCGUGUUUUUAAUCUGACGAAAGAUUUUCGAACGGAUUGUAUUCGUGUGAAAAAUUUACUCGGGGCUCGCUCCAAAUCGGCAUUGUGCAAUAGAUAAAAGGAAUUGUGUUGCGCAAACUUGUUGACUGAAGUGAGGACAAAGAAGAUCAAUUUUGAUCAACUUGCCGUUAUUAUUCACGAUACGUUUAUUGCAAACUUGUGUGUCGAGUCUCACGCGAAAUUAUUUUUCAAACCGCGAAUAGAAAAGUAUAUAACGUGUAUACAUAUUACCAUAAAAAGUACUCGAAUAGUUUUUAAAGGAAGUAAAUAUUCGGCUCUUGAUAAUUAUGUAUACAUAUGACUUUGUUGUCAAAUUUAAUUUUAUAAAGCAAUAUAACGCAGGUGCAAAUGUGCGGAUAUUAAUUAAUAUCGUCAUGAGAAUAAAUGUGUGACAAAUUUUUUUUAAUUUAUUUCUAAAUAGGUUAUCAACUUUUCAUUUCUUCACGAAUAUUGAAUUUAUAAAACUGCAAGGCGACGAUUUCGAGACGCAGUAUGAGGCGAGAAAUAUUCCAUGAUGCACAAAUACAUUCCGUAUUAGUCGAUACUACGCGAAUAAUUGAGAUAUGGGAAACUAGCCAAUGAUAACUCACAUAAAAUAAUUAUAUUAUUUUACGGUCAUCGAAUAUGUGAACAAACGUCAAUGAGCUAGUAUUGAUUUAUGUACGGGAUAUUUAAAUUAUCACUUAGUACGCGUAGGUCAUUUAGAGAGAUAAUAAAUAGCUGUCGCUUUUAAUCAAUUAUCUACUUAGACCGUGUGUAAAGUGAUAAUUCAGAUAUUCUACGCAUAAACGUUCAAAUCCGCAUUGAAAAUGGAAUUUCGAUCGAGUCUCUAUUUUUCUCGUUCAAACUUGCAUUAACUAUACGUCGCAAUAAAUGACGAAAAAAAUAGGAAAAGAACAAUUCGUUUUAGUUUUCAACAAGAAAUUCGUUUACUCAACAAGAAAUCGAUUUACCCAACAGUUAUGCCUAUCAUCGAAUAUCCUGCGUAACAGCAGCAGGUAUAUAGGAUACUCGGUAACAGGCAACACACGUGCGAAGCAACGAGCAAAAAGGACCUUGCUUGAUAUACGGAUACUGUAAACGAUCAAUAAAUCCGAUCAAAUCGAGUAACACCUCGCAAAAUAUGUCCGAUUCGCGCUCGUCGGCCGAAUAUCUCCUAGCAACUCGAGGCAAGUUGCGUACAAACCUACAUAAUAGCAAAAUACGCGCGCGACCGAAGCGUUCGGUUAAACCUAAAUCGUUAAGCGUAAACCGAAUGUCGGUCGGUCCCUUGGGAACCUCCUGAAUCGGCAACGGCGCUCACGAACUCGACGGCGGUCGUCAAUCGCCGAUCAGCGAAACUAGCGAAAUAUCUCUUGUAGAAUAUUAGGGUAAAGACGCACGGAGGCGAGAAAAGUGAAUUUUGACAUAAACAAUAUUCUGCAGUAUUAAUACGUUAAGGCAAAGAAUUGUGCAUAUUAUCUAGACGCCAUUGUGGUAUGUAAAUUCCAGGAGAGAGCGGAGGAGGAUUCGCCACGUCAUUUCCGGUCAACGUGUUGUGUAAUGAUUGACGCGAAACUCGACUCGCGAUGUGCAAAAUCGUAAGGUGCAAGGUAUUAUUCUCUCAAAUAUGAAAAUCUUAAGAUCUCCAUGAGUUCGUAUGUUAACACUUUCGUUAAUUCGUGUAACUAUAGUGCAUUCCGCGUAUUUUUUAUCUUGUGACACAGAUUUUUAGCAAAAUGAUAAGUCUCUUCCCUAUAUAACUCAAUAUAUUGAUCUUGAUGUAUAGCUACUGGCCAUUUUUAACAUAUACUCACGAUUUUGCAGACCGUGUUUCACCGAUACUCGGAUCGUUUCGCGAGCGAUGGCGAUCAGCCUCCGCGGUCCGUAAACGAGACACUCGUAGAAAACGAAGAAACGUAGUUAGUCACUUCCCGGACGUCUAUUUGUAUAUAUACCCGCUCGUGACAGAAUAAAAUUCGAUGUACAUAUUUAAUCGUACCAUAUCGUUUGAAGACAGGGCCUCCUUUAUUGAAAUAAAAAUACAAACGAUGAUAAUAUA